UACAAAGAAGCCCAUAGUACAGGCCUUUCCUAACUGAUAUGUUCACUCUCCUCUCCUCUUCCGUAGAAUGUUCCCCGGACUCCCUCCGUCUAGCUGGUGCACUCCUAACAGCAGCCAUCAGCGUGAGCACCCCUGACAGCCCAGGGAUCCCGAGGCCGUGAGGACCAAGAACCAGGCGCUGGGGUGGCGGAGGGGGCAUGGAACCUGGGGUUUAGGCCGGAGGUGCCCAUGUUGGGCGGCAGGAAGAGGCAGGGCGCACGGGUCUGUGGCGGUGCCCAUGGGUGCUGUGGAGCGGGGUGACGGCCCCCAGAGUUCCGCGGCGCCAUGGGCUGGAUCUGAGAAGGCGGGCAUCGACCCCCUGGGAGGGGCCACACUUGUCCAGGGCGAUGACUCCUUUUAGGGAGUUCUCGGAAGCCACCCUAAAGGGCGAGAAGAGGCCCUAGCAAGUCCUGGCACCCCCGAGCUGCUGCCAGCGAUGUGACUCGACCCAGUGGUGGAGACAGUGCAGACCCCAAGCAGGGGCCAUUCGCUGGGGGCCUCGCUCCGGGUCCAGCUCCACGCUGCACCAUGAACAAUAACUUCUGCCGGGCGCUGGUGGACCGGAGGCCCCUGGGCUCCCCCGGCUGCAUGCAGCUGGGCGUCGUUCCCCCUCCCCGGCAGGCGCCCCUGCCCCGCGCCGAGCCCCUGGGCAACGUGCCCUUCCUGCUGUACCCGGGGCCCGCCGAGCCGCCCUACUACGACGCCUACGCGGGGGUGUUCCCUUACGUGCCCUUCCCCGGCGCCUUCGGGGUCUACGAUUACCCCUUCGAGCCAGCCUUCAUCCAGAAGCGCAACGAGCGCGAGCGGCAGCGCGUCAAGUGCGUCAACGAGGGCUAUGCGCGCCUCCGCGGCCACCUCCCCGGCGCCCUGGCCGAGAAGCGGCUCAGCAAGGUGGAGACGCUGCGCGCCGCCAUCCGCUACAUCAAGUACCUGCAGGAGCUGCUGAGCGCGGCCCCCGACGGCGCGCCGCCCCCCGCCGCCCGCGGCCUCCCGGGCACCGGGCCCUGCCCCGUGCCGCCAGCCGCCCCCCGGCCCGACCGCCCCGGCGACGGCGAGGCCCGGGCGCCGUCCUCCCUGGUGCCGGAGUCAUCCGAGUCCUCCUGCUUCUCCCCGUCGCCUUUCUUGGAGUCGGAGGAAUCCUGCCACUGAGGGGCCUGUGGCCGCCCGCGGCUUGGGGGUUGAUCCGCCCGCCCCGUCCCACUCUCGGGAGCAGCGGGGGGCUGCUGGGUCCCCCGCGAUGCGCCGCAAGCCGGUGACUGCAGGAGGCCCGCUGCGCUCCCGCGUCUGCGACACCCUCCCUCCUCCACCAGCUUGGGGAAGAAGUGCGGGCAAGGGGUGCGAGGGGCGCGAUGGAGACCUGAGGAGCUCCGCGGUGCAGCGAGGGGCAGGGCCUGGGACUGCUCCGGGCGCGCUGCGUUCCCUCCGGGGUGCAGGGGGGCACCCCAGGACGGUCAUCCCUGGAUCUGGCUCCCGCUCGGCCUCAGGUGGCUCCGGUCCGUCCUUCCUCGCCCCAGGCGCAGCCCAGUCUCUGCAAGUCCGCGAGAGGCGAGCCCGGCUUUGAUCCCUCGGUUAUACGCCCUGCUCUCCACCAGAUGGCCUCAAAUACAAACGACUUCGGGAGCGCGUUUGGCCCUUGAGAAAGGAACCCAGAGGAGGGGAUGGGAGACCAGACUGCUGCCAGCGCUCAGCCCAGAGGGAACCCACAGACUUAGCAGAGGCGACCUGUGUGCCCUGGUGGCGUUCUCUGGCUUCCCUGGUAGGGGGCGAUCACUCCCUGCCCGCCCCCGCAAUGAGUUCGUCUAGUUUCGUCCCAGGCUGGGUGGGGACUCUGUGUUUUUUCCUCAGACUGUAAGCCUUGGGGGAAGGGGUGUGCAUAUGGGUACAUUGGCACUGUGUUGGCACCAAAGAGCUAAAUAAAAUGAUUGUUGAAUUUUCUCA